AUGUGGUCCCCAACGAGAGAACCGCUUCCUGUGGUGGGCGUUCGGCUUUGGAGGCGGCAGGGAAAUCUCAUCCAAGUCAGGAAAGUGGCCCAAAGAGACGAAGGUCGUGAGUCGGGAAGCCCGGGAUCCAGCGCAGCGAGCAACCGGGAGCAGCGCACACCCCAGCCCCGCUCCCUCCACAUCCCGCCCAGACCUGGAUCAUCCCGCACGGGCGGCGAGGCCAGCCUGGGAGCGGCGCUUACCCACUUCCCAGCAGCAAGCGCAGGGACCGCUCUUAUCCCGAUCGUUCGGACAGCACCUUCUUACGGGCCGCGCUGCCGCAGCUUCUCCACCCGCGCCCAGCUCCGUCUGAGCUCCCUCUCGGCCCAGGGCCGGGUCCCUAUUUCCUACAGGGCCCAGGGGCGGGGAGACGGGGGCUGGUCCUGGCGGGGAGGACCUGCCCCGCCCCUGACCGGGCUAGGCAAAUCCGCUUGGGCCAGCUCAGCCGCUCCGCCCCUACCGCGAGCGGCGCUGGGCGGGACUGCGUGCGUGGCGUGUCCGCUGGACCAGGGGACUGGGGCAACCGGAGGUGUAGGCCCUUUGCUCGCCUACCCGGCGGUCGUGGGUAGCGGAGGGGUCAAGACUUGCUGUCUAGCAGCCGUCUCCCCGCCGCCCUGUCCUGGCCGAAGCAAAGGCCGCGUGCGGUCCGCGUCUGCCAGGCUUCAGGGCUGCGCGGGUACUGGGUGGGUGGUGGGCCGGGCGACCGGAAGAUCCUGGCCGCCUUUCCGGUCGCCUCAGCACCCUGGAGCGCAGCCCUCGGGUUUCGGUCCCCUGGACUCUGCAGGUCGGUCCCGGCGGCGGAUUAUCCUCGCCCACAACCUCGAGGCCCCUGGGUCAACCACGCCUUCCGGGCCGGCAACCCAAGGUUUAGUCAGAUUCCUCCAGACCCAUCGCUUCUGGGAAAGAGGCGCCUCCCGUCAGGAGGAUGCUGAGUUCCUCAUGACUGGACCAGGUCUCACUUUGUCACCCAGUUUGGAAUGCAUUGGCGUGAACACGGCUCACUGCAACCUCAACCUCCCAGGCCGAAGUGAUCCUCCAGCUCAGCUUUCAGAGUAGCUGUGAUAUGGUUUAGCUGUGUCCCCACCCACAUCUCAUCUUGAAACCCAGUGGAAGGUAAUUGAAUCAUGGGGGCAAG